CUCUGGUAUGAAAUAAAAGUGGCGACGCGGUCGCACUAAUCGCUUGUCGUGUUGGAAUUUAAAGCAUAAAAUUGGGUAAAUUGUGAUUGUUUUUCAACGUUCGGCUUAGCAUCGGCAGAGAUCACUUCGCGACGAGUUUGGAAAUGACUGUGAAGUGAGGAGUUGAGCCAGUGUCUCAUCGAUUUCUCUGCCUUCCGCCGCGGCCGCCGCCACUUUCUUUUGUUGAGGAGAAAAGACCUGCAUGCCUAAUCAGCAGACGAAUCGGCCAAGAUCGCCUCAUCCUUCGGGCCGCAGAAAAACAUUCGAUAUUUAAAAAGUAUGCAACGGAUUUCAGUGUGCAUUAGAAUUAAUUCCAACCCCUUGGAAACCAAUUUUAUUUAAGAAGAAAACUUGUUGCGUUUUCUGUGCGUCAGGCGCGGUAGUGUUGUCUCGCUCGCACCCGUGCGAUCCGAUCGCAAAGAUCGAUUUUGGUGACGCCAUUUUUUCUUUGCUGCUUUUGGGUGACGCUGGCAAAAUCCAAUUGGAAUUCUAAAUCACGUGCCCAAAAGUAGGCUAGGCGGCGCUAGCUGAUCCUGAUCCUGGAUUUACCUCGACCUAACCUAAUUUCAGGCUGUCAUCGCCAAGAUGAGCGCCUCCAAGGAGGGCAAGGAGAAGAAGAUCAAGAUACUGGGCGUGGAGAACAUUUCGCCGCCCAAGGACAAGCGUCCUGCCACCAGAAUGAAGCUCUUGAACGAGAUAGGAGCAGCCGGAGAUCCUGAAACCACCACCAGUAGCUCCUCAUCAAAAACUCCCCCGAGUAAGCAGGAAAAACGAGGCACUGCAUCCCGCAUCAAAAUACUCAAUGAAGAAAUCCUGGCCACGCCAAAGGCGGAGAAAAGGGGCGCCACCAAGGCGACCGCCUCCACAGUGAAGAUUCUCAACGAGAAGCGGCUGCCCAGCGCCACCGUAACCGCCGUGGAAACGGCCAAGAUCAAGACAUCGCCCAGCAAGCGCAAGAAGAUGGAGCACUAUGUGCUGCAGGCGGUGAAGACCGAGAACAGCAAGGCGGACACCACGGUGACGGUGGCCACCGCCGAGGACGAGGAGACGAUUGCCUACAUUCUGGCCGACGAUGAGGAGGUGGUGCCGGGUAGGAUUCAGGACACCAAUGGCCAGGAGAUCGUUGUCACCGAGGAGGACGAGGACGACAAGGAAGACGGCGAGGAGGAUGCGGAGGGCGAGGGCAACUCCAGCCACGGGGCAAAGAUCAAGGAGAUCGUGGAGCACGUGUGCGGCAAGUGCUACAAGACCUUCCGGCGCGUCCAGAGCCUCAAGAAGCAUCUGGAGUUCUGUCGCUACGACAGCGGCUAUCAUCUGCGCAAGGCCGACAUGCUCAAGAACCUGGAGAAGAUCGAGAAGGAUGCCGUGGUGAUGGAGAAGAAGGACAUCUGCUUCUGCUGCAGCGAAAGUUACGAUACCUUUCAUCUGGGCCACAUCAACUGCCCCGACUGCCCCAAGUCGUUCAAGACGCAGACCAGCUACGAGCGCCACAUCUUCAUCACCCACUCCGAGUUCAGCGACUUUCCGUGCUCCAUCUGCAAUGCCAAUCUGCGCAGCGAGGCCUUGCUGUCGCUCCACGAGGAGCAGCACAAGUCGCGUGGCAAGCCCUAUGCCUGCAAGAUCUGCGGCAAGGACUUCACGCGCUCCUACCACUUGAAGCGCCACCAGAAGUACUCGUCGUGUUCGUCGAACGAAACGGAUACCAUGAGCUGCAAGGUGUGCGAUCGCGUCUUUUAUCGCCUGGACAACCUGCGAUCGCAUCUCAAGCAGCACUUGGGCACGCAGGUGGUGAAGAAGCCCGAGUACAUGUGCCACACGUGCAAGAACUGUUUCUACAGCCUGUCCACACUCAACAUACACAUACGCACACAUACCGGCGAGAAACCCUUCGAUUGCGAUCUGUGCGACAAGAAGUUCUCCGCUUUGGUGGCCCUCAAAAAGCAUCGACGCUAUCACACUGGCGAGAAACCCUACAGUUGCACUGUGUGCAACCAAGCCUUUGCCGUCAAGGAAGUGCUCAAUCGUCACAUGAAGCGCCACACUGGCGAGCGACCACACAAGUGUGAGGAGUGCGGCAAGAGCUUCAUCCAGGCCACCCAGCUGCGUACCCAUUCCAAGACCCAUAUUCGCCCCUUUGCCUGCGAUCAGUGCGAGGAGAAGUUCAAAACUGAGAAGCAACUUGAGCGCCAUGUGAAGACUCACUCGCGCACAAAACGUCCCGUCUUCUCCUGCACCGAAUGCAAGGCCACCUUCCGCACCACGGCGCUGCUCAAGGAGCACAUGGACGAGGGCAAACACAUCCCAAAAGAAAAAAGGACCACCAAGCGUUCGGCCAUCAAAAUUAUGGAGCGAACGGAUUGCGCCAUUUGCGAUAAGAACUUCGACAGCAGCGUAACGCUGCGCCGUCACAUUCGCACCGUGCACGAGUGCGAUCCCGAUGAUAUCUUUGGCGUUGAACCGCAGCCUUCGAAGCGCGCAAAGAAGACGCCGCUCACUGAAAUCGAAGAUGAUGAGGAGGUUGUCCCAGUGGCUCUCAACACUUCGGCGGGCUCCCUGAUUUCCAGCCAAACGGAUGGGAAUGGCGUUGUGGUGCGCGAAUUCCUGGUGGACGAGGGCGAUGGCGCUGCCCAGACCAUUACACUGGAAAACGAAACGUACACGAUUCUCCCGUUGGACGGCGCCAUCGAGGGAGAGCAGCUGACGGAUGAAAGCGGUGUAAAGCCAGAGGGCAAAAAGGAUGAGACACAGAUCUCACCGGUGGUCAAGAAGGAGCAGCGCAAAUCCCUGGCCGCCAGCUUGGCUGCUGCCAUCGCGGAUAAUCUGGACGAAGCAUCGAGCGAGGAUGAGGUUAGCGGCGAAAUCCUGACCGAAGAGGAUCUAAAGCUUAAGGAGAACGUGGGCAAACUCAUUGACAUGCUGGUGGAUCCGCCCAUCCUGAAGAAAUACGGGUGGCCCAAUGCCCCCGAGGAGAUGGUGCUCUGCAAGGUGAUCGAGAACUGCGGCCACGACUUGCAAAAAGGUGCCGAGAACUACGCCGAACUGGACUACGGCAGUCGCAUGCGGGAGUAUUGCAAACUGCUCUUCACCGUUGUGAUUCACAACGAUUCCAUCAAGUCGCUGCUCAACAAUUUCCCCAUCGACGAUGUCAUCGAGUAUGUUCUGGGCGAUGAGGAGCAGGAAGAUGGCUUGGGAAAGGACAAGGAGGUCGAGGAUAAGUCAGCUGCAGAGGAUGAUGAAGCGGAGACAAUCACAGGCGAUGCUGAAAAGGAGGAGAUCCCAGAGAAACCUCAAAUAAGUGCGACCUUAGAGGAAACUAAAGAGUCGGUAACAGAAGAGAAGAAAAAAGCUGCCCCAUCGGAAACCGAAAAAGAAAAGGUUUGAUUUUUUCAGCCUUUGAUGCAUUGUAUAUGCAUGUUAUUAUCGCACAAUUAUUCAAAUCUGAGGAAUCGAGAGGGAAAGUUAAAUACUUUAAGGCUCGUUUUGGUUUUUUUAAGAACACUAGUUUUAAGAGUGUUGGUUUCGGUUCAAACACCAAGUGACCUUAGAAGAGAAACUCACCGUCUGUUGUUAAAUUCUUCCAUUUUUUUACCAGAACUGUUUACAAACUAACAAAUCACCCAAAAAGAAACCAACCAACUUAUUGCGUAUCAAAGAUAUUUUGAUAUUAUUAUAUACAUUUUAUAUAUA